UAAUUGCUCCUGUAAGUCACUCUGGAUAAGAGCGUCUGCUAAAUGACUCAAAUGUAAAUGUAAAAAACAAUCUAAAAUGCCCCUAUAGUUGCGCACGCUCUGUUUUGUCACUAGACAAUCAACAUGUCUAUAAUGGGGGAUCCUGUUUUCUGCAAACAAUACUGCAGUACCGCGUUCGGCCUUGAACUUCCGUGGCUUCAAUGAGAGGGGGCAUUCGUUCUCUCCUGCUACACAGUAUGAACUAUAGGCCUACCCAUUAAGGCUCCAUUGCACUUGUUUUUCAUAUCACUCUAUUCAAUUCAAGGAGUGUCCCUAGGAAAAUACAAUUUAUAGAGACCUACUAUUGGAAUGUUGUUCAGGAUCUAUGGGAUGCCAUUAUCAGAUAGAUUCUUCACAUUUAUCAAUAACUUAGAUUCAUUUAUAGCAAGGCCUAUUUUAAAUAUCCACAUAAUCAUAAAAUAUAUCAGCAAUUAUAACUUAACUGGGGGAAAUUAAGAUGAACUCUUUCAGUAUGAUUCUGUAUCCAGCGGAAGCCUGUGGUGUCUAAUGACAUGUUCAGUUCAGAUAUACAAUCAAACUUUUGAUGCUAUCCCUGGCAAUAGUUUAGGUGGCGAUUCAGAGAGAAUAAUAACAUGUCCAUAAUAGGAAUGGUGUGGCUGUACUAUUUCCUACGUGCAGGGGGAACUGUGCAAACUUUGUUUUUAAAGUUGACAAUUGAAAAACGCGACAGAAAAAAACACAUUCUAUAAUAUACAUCUAAAAAAAAACUAGUUGGAUAUAAGUAGAACAUAUGAACAGUCGUUACGUGUUUAUUGCUCGUUGCUUUUCUGUUUAGAUACAAAAGCUAUCGAAUCAGACUCCACUGCGUCCCCCGGAUGACUGCAUGAAAUAGAAGAACCCAGUAUGCGCUGAGACCAAGAUCUACACGCACAGUUACUAGCAGAGAACUAUGAAAGAACAAUUUAUAGACAGUUAUUUUAUGUAAAGAUUUAGAUGGCAUUUGACAGGUAAACAAUGUAAUCAAGAGGGGAGAUUAUCCAAUUACGGAUUGUCAGAAACACAUGGCAAGCAACUUGCAAUUUGUUUUUUGAGGCGCACCAUGGCAGCUCGCUCAAGCUACAAUGAAGAGAGGAACCUCCUUCGCAUCCGAGAGUGGGAGCGGAGGAACCAGGGAGCCCGCCAGGAGAAGGAGUUCUAUCAGGAGACUGUCCCCCUGUUCGGGGAACCCUACAAGACGAUCAAAGGGGAUGAACUGUCUAGCCGUAUCCAGCGGAUGCUGGGUAGUUAUGAAGACGUGAACAACCCCAACACUCACCAGUGUUUGGACAGCAGCUUCUCUAAGGAUCCUCAAUCUCACGUCACCACAAAGUAUGGGAGGCCAUCUCACAGCCGAGACCGAGCGAAGCCUCCAUUCCAGAACCCUCCACAGUACGGGGCAAGCCAGAGCGGUGGCCACUCUGGCCAGCCUCUGAAGAAGCUCCAGGGUCCUUCCUCCUCCUACACCCAGUCCUCCCUGGGUCUCAGCCAGGGCCAGGCCAGCCCAGACCCACACCAGAGAAAGACUGAGCCCUGGUCAGACCUGAGGGAGUGUGCCAGUCUUCCUCCGGUCCUCUCCGCCCUGUCCCCCCCAGCCGAGCCCCUAUCCCCCCUACAUUCCAGUGACCCCAGCGACUCUGAGCCCCAGGACUCCCCCCUGCACCCUGAGAGGCACCCGGCCUCUCCCCUACACCCCGACUACCCCAUCCCCAUGGUGGUGUCCCCCCUGGAUGACCCCCAGAGAGACAUCCCACCUCCGGCCAUCGAGGGGACAACCCUGCCCUCUCAGACCUUCCCUCCACCACUUGCCUCCAAGCCCAACCUGGUCAUGCCCCAGAAGCCCACAGCCUACGUCCGGCCCAUGGACGGCCAGGACCAGGUGACCAGCGAGUCUCCGGACCUCAAGCCCUUUCCAGAAGACUUCCAUGGACAGUCUUAUCUUGAACCCUUACCAGACUUGAAAAGCACCAAGCCCAGCCUUUCCAAACUGAAGAUACCAUCACAGUCUAUAGAGACGCCGUCAAAUGAAGCUGACUGUGUGGAGGACAUUCUGAGGGAAAUGACCCACUCCUGGCCUCCUCUCCUGACUGCCAUCCACACACCCAGCACAGUUGAGCCCUCCAAGUUCUCCUUCCCAGUCAAGGAAGCACAGCAUGUCCCACCUGCAUUUCCAGGACAAAAACACUAUGGAUCACCUCCACUAGCCCAGUCCUCCACCAUCUGUCAACAGAGCUCAUGUACGGUUGUAACAGCACAUUCCAGUGGGGUGGAGUCGGCCAGCUCCAGUGACUCUGAGAGCAGCCCAGGGUCUGAGUCGAGCAGUGAGAGCAGUGAGAGUGGGACAGAGGAGGCCCCACAACCCCUCAGCAGCAGCAGCCCACCUGUGCCCAAGACUGAGGGCCCCAUGGUGACUAACUGGCAGUUGAAUAACUGGAUCCGAGUGAGCCAGCAGAACCCCAGCACAGAGAUCCAGAGUGACGCUCUACUGAGCCCUCUACCCAAACCGCAGCAGAGCCAUGAUGAGGAGGAGGCCAUUCCUCCCAGGGACUACAAAUCCCACACACCCCCACACCACCCAGAGUUCAGUGACGGUGAAGCCAAACCUCAACGCAGUGAGGGCGCUGCCCACAACCAGCAUGUCUGCCACACGUCGCCGGCCGCCUCGCACGUUGGGGACAGCAGCAGCAUCAGCCAGAGAAAGACUGUGGGGAACAAACACCCCUCCAGACCAGCCAAGGCUCCCCGCCCUGAAGACCCUCAGGCUGGGUUACGGGUGGAGAGUGUGGAGGUGGCCCCCCGCGACAAAGACCCCUCGUUCACAGACAGGCCAAAGGUCAAAACGAAAACCGGGCGCAGCAGCAAGAGCGGCGGCGCCAAAACGGACAGCAGGAAGCCUGCCAAGCGCGGCGCCUCUGAGAAGAGGAAGACGGAACAACCAGAGUCACAGGGUGGCCCCAAGGUGUCUCUGGUGCUGGUCUGUAAGAGAGAGACGGCUCCUAGUCCCAGCCAUGCCCAGGGGGUAGACCAGCCAACCCCAGCUGUGGUGAAGACCACCAGCGUCAGGACAGAGACCCUCCCGGCCCCUCGGAGGGGCCAGAAAAAGCCCAGGCGCCACUGUCCAGCCGCAGCACACGAGGCCAAGCGGGAGUCCUCAGCCAAAGCUUCCAGGGCCCGCCAGGGGCCUCCACGGGCCCUGCUGGUAAAGAUAGAGCUGAGCCUGCUGUCUAGGGUUCCCCCCCAGGGCUCCAGGCCUUCUCCGGGGGGCCAGGACCCAGCCACCAGGAAGGGACCCUACACGACCCCAGAGAGGGGAGACACCAACCCUACUGCCCCCAUCCCUACCAAAGUCUGCAAAAAGAGACCGGCUGAGAAGGAUGUGAAAGCCGUGCCAAGGAAGAAGCCAAAGCUGCAGAAAGAUCUCAAACCCUCCUCUUCAGGUCCUGGUUCCCGCAAGUCUGAGACGGAGAGGAAGCGUUCUAAGGGGGCUCCUGUCCCUCUGCAGCAGGACCCUGGGAAAGGGCAGGGGAGCCACAAACGGCAAGCAGUGGAUGCCCCAGAGCCCAGCACAGCCUCGGCAGCCAACCGCAGGAACAGGGAGGCCGUCAAGCACAAGAAGAGCACUGGAAAACAACGCACAGAGCACGCCAAGAAUGCCCCCAAGAGCAGUGUUGCCUUCACCAUGCCUGCCCAGCCCACCGGGGCUGCCUCGUCCUCCAGACCCCUGCCUGCCCAGCCCACCGGGGCUGCCCUGUCCUCCAGACCCCUGCUCCAGUUUGAGGACAGGCAGCACCCAGUGGAGUAUCAUAUGAAGGAAGCCAAAAUACUGAAGCACAAAGCAGAUGCCACGCCGGAUAAGGUGGGCAAAGCUUUCAACUACCUAGAUGCUGCCAUGUCCUUCGUGGAGAGCGGCAUCGCUAUGGAAACCGAUCCCCAGACCCCGAAGUCGGCGUAUACGAUGUUCGCUGAGACCUUGGAUCUGAUCAGGUUCAUACUGAAACUAAAAGGCUCUGUGAACCCCUCGGCCCCUGCUACAGACAAGGACUUUACAGUUUUAUGUAUGAGGGGCCUGUCCCUUCUACAGAUGGCCAUGUUUCGCUACAAAAGAGAAGUAGCACUUAAGUAUUCAAGGACCCUCACAGAUCAUUUCAAGAGUUCUUUAAAGUCUGCAGCUCCUUCGCCAUGUGUCUCAAAAAGCACUGGCACCCCAUCCCCCAUGUCUCCCAUGCCAUCUCCUGCCAGCACAACCAGUUCUGGGCCGGGCUCCAACCACAGCAGCGGGGUUGGGGUGGGCACCGUCAGCACCGUGGCCAUUCCACAGGUCAUCCAGCAGGUGGCGUCGUCCUACGUCAACAUCACGGCACUCUUCCUGAGUGCUCACGACAUCUGGGAGCAGGCUGACGAGCUGGCCCACAAAGGCAGUGGUUUGCUGUCAGAGCUGGACUUGGCUCUGGGACCGUUGAGCCUGGCGUCCACCAUGAGCUCUCUGGUGCGUCACACUCGGCAGGGACUGCAGUGGCUCCGACUGGACACCCGCGAGGCACAGUGACCGCUUCGCAUCCCGGUCCUACCCCAUCCCUGCCCUGCCCUGCCGACAAUGCCCUGCCCUGCCCUGCCGACAAUACCCAGCCCUGCCCUGCCCUGUC